AUGGACUACGACGACGAGGUAGACGCCGUCGACAGGCGCUUCUACGCAAAUCUUCUUGAAUCUCCCUCCAUCACACACGACGCGGGAUUGUCAUUGCACCAAGAGCUGACAAGUGAGCCAGAGCACGUUCUGCGCGGCACGAAAUCGUUCACCGCUCGCUCAUGGAAAUCUCGUGCUUCGACUGCGACCCUCAGAGUCUCUUCGAACAGAUCCAACAUCGAAAACUUGUCCGUCCAAGGCGAGGACAUCACCCGUCCAACCGGCCUCAGCGUUCCCGCCAGCGGUAGCGUUCUCGGCGAGAUCGCUCCAAAUGGUCAACUCGUGGUUGGCCGAAACUUCAAGCUUCGUCCUUCCCCAACGCCUUCGCUCAAGAAGAAGAAGGUCGAAGAGCUCGUCAAAGCCCACGGCUCGCCUCAGCACAUGCGUGUCACUGCAGGAGGUAAGAAACCCACACCAUUCUUCGGCUUGGCAGAAUUUUGCCACCAGCACACUCCCACAGAUCUCAAGUCGGCCACCAUGCUUGCUUACAUGCUUGCUAACGAUCCUCCAGGCAGGAUCGUGCCAUCGGACCAGUCUCCGCUGUGCCACCCACGAUACGGAUAUAGCGCCAUCAAAGCUAAUGGCGGACUGAUCAAAUUUGCGCCGAACCAUCGCGCUGGCGGUCAGGAGUGGACACCAGCUACCCAAGACGGAUCCGUCGGAGAAGACAUCCAAGGUCACCUCUGCCAAAUCGUGAAUGGCACUGUGCUGCGUCUUCGCGAACAAGAUGGUGCUCUGCAGCUUUACAUGCCUGCGCCAAAUCUUGAUAUCAUGCGAGCUCCGACCGUCGGUUUGGGACCUGUACAGCGUCCGCUCGACAUGAUCAGCUCCCAUCAGAACGAGCGCAUCAUCGCUUCAGAGCCGUCCAUUGCAUCCCAGAUCACUGCAAAUGAGCUUGAGUAUUCCAAGCUUGAGGGCCAGCUCAAGGAGAUCGACAAGAGCGAAGUCAUCCAUGGUCGAACUAUGCACAGAGCCGCAAAGGAUGCUUUGGUGGCAAGACGCCGCGAGCUUGUCACAGGUAUGGACAAAGUUCGCAAGACGCUGAAGGAGCUGAAGAAUAAGCCGCCGCCAAAUGCACCGACUUCUCCACGCGCGAUGCGCCCUCGUCAGUCCAUCUCGCCACCUGGCCGUCAAAGUUUCGCUCCGUUUCUUCAGUCGCAACCAGGUGCCAGUACCCAUGCUCCACAGCAAAGCUAUUCUGCCUUUGUUGCUGGCCGACCAGAUCAUUGCAGACCUUCGAUCUCUCCUGAGGACUACUAUGCAGCCAACGCCUGGGCUGUCGCUCCGCCAAGCAUGUACGCUCCGCCGCCCUUUGACGGCUCGAUGGCCGGCCCUGCAUUCCCAGCAUAUGCGUCAGCACCAGCACUCCCGGGCACAAAUGCUUCGCUUGCCGUUGGAAACGUGGGCGGCGCUCAAGAUAAUAUGCGGCCACUCUCCGACUCGCUGGCACACCUCAGCAUUGAGUCUCCCCGCAGUCACGCCGUCUCCAUCAAGGCGCCUGAUACCAGACUGGGUGCCAAUGCCAAGUCAGGACUGAACCCAAUGAGUCCAGUCUACAAGCCUGGCUUUCCAGCCGCACCAACUGCAAAGUCCUCAUCCACCGCCCUUUCUGCCGCGUCGGGUUCAUUUCAAAAGCAUGUGCAGCCAGCCAAGAGCGGGACUGAUGAGACCGUCAGUCCUUCAAAGAAGGAUGCCCACCUCCAGAGCUCCAGCGUCUCUAGCUUGGGGACUGCUAACUUCUUUCCACACAAUACGCAGGAGUACUCUACUCGACAGCACAUCUAUCCCCAGCGUGCUGAGUCAUCGGACAAGGAAAAUGCUGGCGCUCACCCACUUACGCCCAGCCAAGCCAACGAGGCAUCGCUCUGGAAGGCUAGGGCACCGGAUACUGGCGACUACAAUGGCAAGGUGCCACCACCAGGCACGCCGGUGUUCCACAGCGAUGCAACUACCCAAGCACCGCUGCCUUCGAGCAUGAACGAGAACAUACACGAGCAACGUCAGAUGGACAUUCCAAACAGAGACGCGGACAACGUCAGCCCAAAGAACAAGCGCGAGUGGCUUUUCAUCGAGGAAGAUCCAAGCGGACAGCAGCAUGAAGUGCCGUCUUCACAGCCAAGCGAAGAGCCCGUCGACUUCUCAAAGAAGUCCCGUGCUUGGAUCGAGGGUUUUCACGCCGGACUGCAGCGUCUCACUCCUGACCCAACCCGCAAGGGCGACUAUCUCGUUGGCUUCUGUGAAGGAUUGCUGCAGUCAGAGCCACAGACAGUAAACGCAAUGCCCGCCGCGACAGCUUCCACUGGCAGUCCGAUCAAGACUCACGCACGCCGUCCAAGCCCAGCUUUUCCAUCGCGCUCAAACAGCCGAGUGCAGACUCUAGAGAAGGUCCCGGUCACAUCUCGACCACCUCUCGAGAGCCACAAUCACAGCAUCGACACCCUCAAGCAAGCCGUCAUCGAUCCGCAGAAUGAGAAUGCGGUGCUCACACCUUCUGCUGAGGGUCCUCACGUGGCUGAUCUGCCUGUCAACCUCGGAGCGUGGGCCAAGAAGCAGCACAGCUCUCCUUCUGGACCAGUCACUGGAGGCGAGAAGCUGCCCGACCAAUUGAUCCCCAAGCGCGCCAUUCCUCUUGACCGCCAGGGCAUCAUGUCAGAGGGCAACAUCGAUGCUCGUCAGUCGGAGAAGACCUCUUCGAAUGCACGUGCCAGCGAGGGAGCCGGCGCGUAUCUCUUGCCAUCCAGCAACCAGAUGCCACUGCCAGCUUCUCCCACCACAAGCACCCGCAGCAUUGCAUCUAGCAGCAUCGCUUCCGGAGGCGCACCAGACACUGGCCACCGCAUCACCAGUCUCAGCAGCAUCGACGCAAACAUGUACCGCCAAUGGCCCAGCAACCGCAUCAUGACACCUACCGAGUGGAAGACUAGUGGCUCUCUCGCUCACGCAGCUGGCUUGGCAACCGGAUACUUUGCUGCAGCCCAGUUCGACGGUACGAACGAGCCAUCGCUUCGAGGUCCAGGCCAGCUGACUCGCGACGUCGUAGGAGCUCCUCACCGCGUCGGCUCUGGCGGCCGCUUCCGGGAAGGCUCUCUCGAUGGUAUCGCCAGUCCACCCAUGUCCCCCACCAUCUCCCCAAGCGGCACUCCAAGCAAAGACAACAGCGGCAAGAAGAAGAUCCCUUCCCCCACAAAAGCCAAAUUCGAGCAUGUUGCCGAGAAGAUGGGUAUCAAGAUCGCUUCCGAUGCUGGCGCCGAUGGCGCUGCAGACUCGACUUCUCCUCGCGGCAAACGCUCGGCCUGGCGCGACUUGUAG